GCGUACGGCGUUGCCACGGUUUUGCACUCGGCGGCUCACGUUACCGCAGUCUUGGAAAGGGAGGAGUGAGCGGAGGGGUACUCAGUUGGUUGCAAUUUGCAACCACACUGCUAGAUGCUGCCAAAUCCUACGCACUGUACCUUUAAAAGAACUACUCCCAAGAAAAAGAUUUAGCUACAUCAUCUUUAAUUGGAAUUAAUGAUUUGGUAGUUUACCAGCUGAACACAUUCUGUAUUUUUGCCUAUACUUGGUGCCAACGCCUUCCUAGGAAAUUCCCUGAAAAUGAUUAGACUUGAAAUAAGGGUUUACCAAAGUUUUUCUUGCUUCAAACAGAUAGCAUUGUUCUGAGUUAUUCUGUUAAACUUUGUGCUGCAAAUGUUCAACAUAACAGCUUGAGUGGAAAAACAGUGCAACCUUUCAACACAAGUCUGCUCUGUUUCUAUCAUGUCAAAGGUGUUUCGUGUCUCUAAACAGUCACAAUAAAACUCUGUGGACUAAGUCAGUUCCCUUAUUCAUGACAGGCUUUAUAAAAGGCCUUUCUUCUACUCUGGACUGGAUUUCAUAUUCACUUCCCUUCCAGUGAAAACAAAACAGACGUCUGACUGCUUAUUAGGGCUUUUUUUUUUCUCCACGUUGUUGAGCUUCGUGCGACUGAAACAGACACCGGUGAUAUCAACAGAGCUGAGACAAAUGUAAACCUGGAAGAUGCAGGACUCCAUCUCAUGCUCCUGAUGUCCAUAUAAAGCUACACUUGUCUUGACCGAUCACAAACACAGCGGAGUUGCCAAAAAUGCAUUCGCAGACAUACACAAUCACUCAUACGCAGUCACACUCUCUCUCCCUAAAGAGGUCACACACACACACAUACCGUGUGAGUUUAAUUGCUUGAGCAGAAUGCCCCUUUUUCUGACUGUUACGGGUGUUUGUUGUCUGCACAGGAAACAUUAACCUCUUCCUGCAUUAGCAUGGAGACUCUUAACAAGCUGCUCUUUUUUGUCCCAGCAGGCCUUGCUGCUGUUAGUCAUCAGUGUCAGAGGCUGAGGUUGAAGUUAAGGCCAGACUGUCAAUCAGAGGCUCCGUCUGCAGAGAGAUAUGUUAAAAGAGAACACAUGUUGCAGAUGAUGAUGUUUGAGGGUUGAUGUUUUUAGAGUUAUGUUUGUGUUGGCCUUGCACAUGCAGUUAGCCACACCGGAGAGUGGAGGAGAGUGGAGGAGAGGGUCCCUGCCCCCACAGCAUAUUAUAAACUCCUACCUAACAAGAACAAUCUGUGUGCAGGCCGGAGAGCCCAGACGCUCUCUGGGAAGCUGGAGGGGGAGGAGAACAGUGGAGAGGCAGAAGGAGGGAUUUGUCCUCAUAGUUAAUGACAUCUUUUUUUUUUCUCCUUUUGCACUAUCCAGACAAACCUCCAGCCUGAAAUGUGAAACUGCAGAAGUGGCGUGCCUCGCCGAGCAUUUGCAACUCUCUGCUGUACUCUCACUCUCUCUCUUAGUUCACUUUUUCCAGACUGGUUUCACACACCCUCCAUCAGAGGCGAUUCCAACAGAGACACUUCUUCUGCCGGCAGUGGAUGAUCCUGAGGGGAAACCAUGCUACCGAUGGCCCUUCAUCUGAUUGGUCUGUGUGUGGUGUUCUGCAUCGGCAGCAGCUCGGCCACACCUCGACCUUUUUACGGUCUUCUAGAAGGAAGUACAGACGAGGAAGAGCUCACUAUCUUGACUUCCUCUCUGCCCACCAGCAACAUUUCCACUGAGUACCAAACCACACCUGCUGGCCCCACCCACGUGGAAACUGACUUCCUGAAUCGAGUCGUAGACUUUCUGGAGGAGAACAUGCUCCUCAUCCUUGUCGCGGGCUCUUUCGUCCUCCUCGUCUUCCUCAUUAUCUGUGGGGCGAUCGUAAUGAGCCGCAGGCGCAAAGUCAACGCCUACUACCCUUCCUCCUUCCCUUCAAAAAUGUACGUGGACGACAGGGACAAAACGGGAGGUGCUAAACUCUUUAAUGAAGUGCCGGAAAAGGCCGUUCCUGAGCAAGAAAGUGAGCCAGUGGACUCUCACAAGCAGCUCCAGGCAGACAUCAUGAGGGCUGCCAAGAGGCUGCGCACACCAAAUAAAAGUGUUGAUGCUGCAGAGGGAAGUGAUCCCAGUAAGAAAGUAGCAGACCACAGUCCUGAGGACAGCUCUCAGCCAGAUGGCAGCAUCCUGGACCAGCAGCUCCCGACUCUCCCUGAGGAAAAGGAGCUGGGUGAGCUUUCUGACAGUGAAGCAGCUGCAACAGCAGCAGCAGGAAGCCCUGAGCUUAAUCCUCCAGAGCAGCUUCAUCCAGAGGAAGAUGAGUCACAAGAGCUUCCAACUGGCAGGAGUCUGAGGCCCUCCUCUCUGCAUAUUCACAAUGACUCUGCCACACUUCAGCUGAUCGCAGGAGAGAAAACUGCUUUCUAACCAUUCUGAACACUGUGACCUGAAUGUAUUAUUUUAUUUGUCCAGUGAAUUUACGAAAAGGUAUCAAGGGAAUUGCAGAAAGGUUGCUAAACUCCAAUCACAGGUUGUUUUUAUUUGCAAUGCUGUAUUUUUUUCAUUCAGUGUAGGGUAGAUGCAUGCAGCAGCCUGUUGCUUUGCUUUGACUGGAUACAUCUUUAUACCAGAUUAUAGACAUGUCUUAUGGAGUAACGUCAUUAACAUCUGGUACAAAGCAUAUUUCUUUUUAUGGGAUGUUUUGUGUUGUUUAAAGGGUACAGUGUGGUAACGCCGUUCGCAUCGCUCAGAGGCCAUCCUCACCAUAAUAACACUACUUUAGAAGCAAAGGAAAUCAGACUGUGGCAGACGGUACCACACUUCUACACCCUGCGGCUCACGUUACCACUAGGGAUGCUAAUUUUUUUUCUAACCAGUGCUGUGGUUUUAGUGCCUUACAAGCUGCACUACUGCAAUGAUAGGCCGAUGCACAAACAGGUUAUAUCCGUCAUUUAUCACCAGCUGCAGUGUAUGUGCAAAACAGACAACUGAGUCCCCAGUUCACCCAUCAGGGAGAGUUACUGUAGCAGCCAAGAUGCUGCAUGCAUGUUUAGCUGCGAGGUCGUGGCGGUGUCUUCCUGGCGUAAUCUGUCAGCCGGGCGUAACACUAGCGAGUGUCCGACAGGCCGUGUGUGUGUGUGUUGCGUUCGCACCUGUAGCGUUGCUGAUGGCUUCAUGCUCGCCGUUGUCACACACUCUAUGUCAGCGCGGCGUAACGUCAGCGAAUGUCCGACAGACCGUGUGUGUGGGGUUGUUGGUGGCGUUACAGCUGUGAAUGUAGCAGUGCAGUGUGUACAGUUUAUUUCUUUUAACCGUUUAACCGAUAGCAUUAAUCUGUAAAAAUUCUUAAUGAUGGUUAACGGUUCAUUAUUAACAUCCCUAGUUAGCGCCGUUUCACAAGCGUGUCGGAGAACUGCGUUGGUCUUCAGGUAACGUAAACAUGCAAAAGCCUCUCUCUAGUCUUGUCCAUUCUGGGCUACUGUAGAAU